CCGCUCCAAAAAAAAAUCCUCACACAACCUCAACAUGAAAAACGGUGUAGAGCAGCUGUUCGACCACCUUGGCCACUUCAACAGGUUUCAAGCCUGCGUCUACUUCGCGGCAGUUUUCCAAGCCAUAUCAUGUGGGGUUCACUACCUGGCCUCUGUUUUCUUGGUGGAGACACCAAAGUUUCUUUGCGAUGCUCCCUGGAACAUCACUGAUGUCCUGUACAGAAACCACUCAGCAAGCUCCCUGGAUGACAUCUGGCCUUUUUACACUCCCGGACAUGGGCCAGUGGUGGUGCGGACAGUUAACGGAGAGCAGUGGGAACUUGGACCCUGUCGCAAAAUGUUGCGUCACUUCACCCAAGACUUUCAAUACGAGUUUAGCGGCAAUAAAUCAUUAGAGUCGUGUAGUGGUUAUGUGUUCGAUCACAGCCAGGUGGAACAGAGCAUUGUGACAGAAUGGGACUUGGUGUGUGAGAAGGAAUGGCUUGGCAAGCUUACACAGCCCACCUUUAUGCUGGGAGUCUUGAUCGGGGCACUGCUGUUUGGAGACAUCGCUGACAGGGUUGGCAGACGUCCCAUUCUUAUGGUGACCAGUGUUUGUCAGUUUGUAUUCGGCAUCACCGUGGCGUUUACAGGAAACUUUUAUAUCUUCAUGCUGACUCGUUUCCUCCUCGCCAUGGUGUCAAGCGGCUAUCUAGUUGUGGUGUUUGUGUACGUUACAGAGUUCACAGGCAGCAAAGUGAGGACGUGGACGUCCAUGCACGUGCACGCAGCAUUUGCAAUAGGCGUCAUGGUGGUCGCACUGGUGGGUUACCUGGUCAGAGUCUGGUGGCUCUACCAGAUCAUCCUCACCCUCAGCACCUGUCCUUUUCUCCUGUACUGCUGGAAGUUCCCUGAGACACCCUUCUACCUGAUGGCCAAAGGACGGCACCAGGAAGUCCAGGAGCUCUUGGAUACCAUGGCUCGCUGGAAUGGAACGGAGCCCAGCCUAAAGGUGUCAGAGCUGAUGGACGAACCUGGGAACACACUGCUGAAGAACAGACAGCAGCAUGACGGCAGGCUGGAGGAACCAGAGAAAAAGCUGAGCAUCCUGGACAUGUUCGGAAGCUGGAAAAUGGUCGGGCGCAGUGCCACAUGCUGGGCGAUCUGGUUUAUCGGCGCACUUGGUUACUAUGUGUUCAGCCUGGGCUCAGUCAACCUGGGAGGAAAUCAGUACAUCAACCUCUUCCUGGCUGGUGCUGUUGAACUGCCAUCCUACUUACUUGGCUGCUUUGCCAUGGACCGGGUCGGGAGGAAAAUGACAUGCGCCCCAGCGCUGCUGCUGGGUGGAGUUGCCUGUAUGCUCAUCAUCGCAGUGCCUCAGGACUUUGAGGUUUUAGCUGUUGUUCUGAGUAUGACAGGGAAGUUUGCCAUUGCCAUAGCGUUUGGCCUCAUUUACUUGUACACAUGUGAGCUGUACCCAACAAUCAUCAGGUCACUUGCGGUAGGAAGUGGUAGCAUGUCAUGUCGGAUCGGAAGUGUUGUGGCUCCCUUCUGCGUUUACCUCGCAGAUAUCUGGAUCUAUCUUCCUCAGCUCAUCGUUGGUAUCCUGUCUUUCAUUGUUGGGGUUUUGACCUUCUUCCUGCCUGAGACACUGGGGGAGCCGCUCACCUCCACCUUGGAGCAGGCAGAAGCUCUGGGUACGAAGUCCAGCAAGAAAACAACAACAGACAAUGAGAUACAAAUGAACCUGACUGACAGCAAAGCCUGAGUCGAAAGUGACUGAAGUCAUCGAGAUAUUGCCUUCAGCUCCGGACUGCCGGGUGCUUGUUCUACACAAGAUCUUUUAUGGGGAUUUUAUAGCAAUAGAUUUGUUUAGGAAGACUAUCGGAGUCAACUGUGGUAAAUUGUGUAAAUUACCGUGAUGGACGUCUUUUGUUUUGUUUAAUGUUUUGACCUCAGGUUUUGAAGUGGCAUGGUGGAUAUGAGAGAUACUUUCGUUUUUUAGUGGUCCAUAGUUCUUUAUUUUCCACUAAAAGAAAAGGGUGGCCAAUGUCGUAGGGCGUGGCUCUUCCUUGCACUGGGUUAAGACCAAACUUAACUUAAAAGAUGGUGAGAUAACUGUAGUCCGAGGAGGAGACGUGAAAAAUUGGAUUAGACUAGACAGAGUGUGUAACCAAGAUAAAAAGACGUGGUAACAUGAUAUGCUGCUCCGUUUUUAAAUGAUUUUUUUUUCAAUCAAAACUUUUACAAGUUAGGUACUUUAAGAUGAAGCAAGGUAUAAGAAGCUUAGCUCUAAAAUUUAAGUUACACUAGCUACUGUAGUUUAGCCUCCAAUGUUCUUUCCGUACAAAAGAAAUGAAACUGCAGAUUAAUACCCCUGCUGUCCUAAGACUAACCAGGGCUGCCAGUCAAACAUUUUCUAAACCAUUUUAAAGUAUAUUUCAUAGCUGCGAGGUCACAGGCAAUCAGAUGAGUUCACAACUCAGUUCGACAGUAGCAUACGCGAGCGGUCCUAACUGGAGCUAACACGUCUAAAAUUAAGACAGCCGCACAUAUGUCACUGUGUACAAGAUUUUAACUAGCUAUUAGCAAAAUUUUAUUACAAUGUCCAUAGAUAGUUAUUUUAAGAUAGAUAAAGAUAGAAAUGCAAAGAUAGAUGUUUUUCUCUUUUUUUUUUGGCUAAAGAACUUCAUUUCAGUGCCUUGCACAUGCCCUGGAUGGACCAAAGAGUCUGUGACUGGACGAAGGUGCAUAAAGGUUUCUUUAAACACUUCAUGUUUUCAUACCAAAACACUGAUAACAGGCUAUAAUGAAAAAAAUAAAUCACUGGAUUAUUGUUACAUUUCAGACACCAUGAAGUGAUGAUGCAUAUGUUAUUCAGAUGUACUUUUUUUUUUUUUAAAGCUGCUGGC